UCGGAGUGAUGGAUAUUACGAAGUAUAUGUGCGAGAGAUAUAGAGAAAUGUAUGAAUUUCGAGAAUAGUAACGAUCACUUGUUGCACGGCCGAUUAUCGCAUUGAAAUUAAUAGUUAACAGUGAUAAAUACGAAAGUCAAAAUGCAAUUAUAUCGUAACCAUCAAAUUUUGAUCACAUGAAUCUAAUUUCCUGGUAGGCUUAAGUUCGAUCCGGAUUUUGCCUUUUUAUUUAUUUAUUUAUUUAUUUCUUUUUUUUUGCAUCCAACAAGGUCAAGGUACUUAAAAUAAAAAGAUGGAGCCUAAAUUAAAUUUUUCUGGAUAUAUAAAGUUAACAGUCAAGAGUCAAUUUAAUACUUGGAUAUGUAUUAUCUAUAAGGACUGAAAUUUGUGUGGCUUGUCUUCAGUUGACUGAAGAAAAUUUAAAAAAUUGUAUAUGUACUGAUGAGAUGAUUGAGUGGAUCGAAAAUAAGUAAAUAAUAGAUAUAAAGGUGAUCAAGAAGUAUAUAAUGUAAAAUGAAAGACUUAUUUCCAAAUUGUGAGCAUUUUACCAUUUAAAAGCUUGAUGACUUUAAGACAAAGAUUAACAUUGGUAUCAAUUGAAGAUUGUUGUUGAACUAUGUUGAUAAUUUAAAUAAAUCUAGGCCAAAGAUAACCUAAAAUUGACCUUUUGAUGUAGGUUAUUUUAUAACAUGUUAAUGCUAUGGAUAUGCUAAAGAAACUUGUCGAGUUUCAAAGUAGGACUUCAGAAAUAAGGAAAUUCAAAUAUUAUAAGUAGCCGUCCACCUCUUAAAAUGCAGCAAGAAGGGACUCCAAAAUUUUUAAAAUUCCAUCAGGGAAGUGUUCGUGGAGUUGCUUUUAGUCCGAGAGAUCGAUAUCUAUUUUGUUCUGGAGCUUAUGAUGGCAAAGUAAAUCUUUAUUCAGCUCAACGAAUGGAACUGCUAAUGUGUUAUCAGAUUACAACUAUGGGAUUAGCAAGAAAUGUAAAUGCUGUUCGUUUUACCAGUGAUGGUUCCAGAAUUUUGGCAGCAACAACAGCCAGAAGACUUGCCGUUAUUGAUGUGGAACGUGGAGAACAGGUCAUGUCGUAUGACAACUGUGCCUUUAAUGGACGAGACCGCGCAGGCCUUGCUGCUGAUCCCAUUUGUCCCAAUAUGGCCGUCUGCAGUUGUGUUAAUGGAAAGGGAUUGACAUUGUUUGAUCUCAGAAUGCCUUUACCAUUGGAUUUUAUUUAUGAUCUCCAUAUCAAUGUCAUCCGUGACAUAACAUUUCUCCAUAGUAGUUGGCCAUUUGUACGGAAUCAUCAGAGUGCUAUAUUAUCAUUAUCUUGUGAUGGUGUGUGUAAAGUUACAACAUUAGAUGGCCAGCGUUAUUUGCAUUGUUUUGAAGUGGGUCAUGGUUCUAAUUCGAUAGCUCCGACACCAGAAUCUUAUGGAUCAGGUGCCGAAGAUGGAUUUUAUAGUGUUCUCAUGGUUGGAGGUGAUAUAAUUUCUGGUUACAUUCCUGAUGUUGGCAUACAGGAAAGAUUAAAAGAACAUGGCAGUGUACCUGUUUGGAAACUUCGGUAUACAUCAAAUGGUGGUUUACUGUAUACAGCAUGCGACGGAGGAGUUGUAAGAAGGUACAGACGUUAUCCCGAUCAUCACGAAUAUUUAGGCGAAGUCUAUUGUCACAGGGGCGAUAUUCAAGAUAUGGAUCUGUCUCCUUACGACGAAUUUUUAAUAACCGCUUCGAAAGAUCGAUCGGUGGGCAUUCUUCGAUUGGGAGCGCCCAAUCACGGAUGGACGGAAUACAGCGAGUUAACUUGACAAUAAAUACAACCAUUAGUCGUUUCGCAAUUUUUCUAUCUACCUUUUGGAAUUGUGAUCGCCGGCGGUCGACACCGCGCCACGGACCAAACCGACCCCUUACUAACUAAGCCCCGGUAAAACCUAUUUAUAUAUAUAUAUAAAUGUCGUAGGUCGUGGGAGGAG